CAAUGCGCCAGUCUGGCAAUGGCAUCUGUGUUCGUACUUCGUUCUGUGCUUGCUCGCUUGUGAGUGAACGGAACAGAAUUUUAUUUGUAUAUACUCCGCUCACUUGCUCAGGGCUCAGCCUAGAUUGAAGUGCGGUCGAUCGAAGUUACAGCCGUGGCUGACACUAAAGAGUAUAAUUAUUCAAAUAAUGCUCGACUGUUUUCAUUGUAAACAAAAUGAGUUCAGUCUGUAAUAAUUUUUGUUGAUAAAAUGAUAAAAAUAACCGCGUGUGAUUAAAUCGACUCAGCGGUGUCGUCUCGGCGUUUAUUUAGCCGGCCAUCUUGUAUUUUCGUUAGACGUUCUGUGACUGAAGUUCAAUAAAAACCGGAUUCUUUCAUUUAUUAACAUAAGUUUUCGGAAGUUGAGUGAAGCGAUAAAGUGUUUUGGUUUCAACUUAUUGUUAUUUAUAUGAUAUCUGUGGUCAUAUUGUGUAUUGACUUUUGACUAUAGAAGCCAAAUGAUUCCAAUCGCAGUGGUCAUUAUUAUGGUCAAUUAAUAGAUGAUUUUGUAUCAUAUAAUACGAUGAUCGUUAAUCAUGACAACAAAGAUUGAAAAUGAAUAUCCUUCAUCACCUCCGAAUGAUGAAUCAGAUGGGGAGGAACAGUCAUUUUAUUUAAAUUAUCCAGAAGAAGAAGCGGAAGAAGAGAAGGAGAAAGAAAACGAUACAAAAAGAUAUUCUACAGAUGUUGCUGGGUUACUUGCGAAACUACAGUCAUCGGGGGCACUCAUAAAGAAAUCCAAACAAGAAUAUCGCUGCUUAACUUGUAAUUUAUACUUUUCUGAUUGGGAAGAACAGGAAAAUCAUUUAAUAAAACACAUAUCACUCCCUUCAGUGAUAUUAGACAAGCUGCCUUCAGACGACGAAGACCUGCCGCCCUCUGGAGAUGAGAACUGGUCAGAUGAGGAUGAAGUUCCUGUGCCAAAUAAGCAAAUUACGGCCAAAACGCCCCAAAAGAUAGAUAUAUCACAAAUAUUGAAAAAAACCGGCAUCUCACUGAAAAAACCCGUCGAAUCUGACAAACACAGUUCAGAUUCGGCCUUAAACAAAUUAAGUGGCUUGGGAUUUACAAUUAAAAAAAAUUCAACUUCCAUUAAGAAAGAAAAACUAGAUAAUGAGACUGACAAAACUAAUGAUGUUGUGCAAAAACUAGGGAAGCUUGGGGGCAUUAAACUUAAACUCAAAUCUGACGGUAAUAAUACUAAUUCUUUUAAAGUAGUCAAUGGUUUAAAAGAUUUCAAAGCUUCCGACGACGAAGACGAAGCCAGUGGGAACGAAGAGGACAAGGACGAAGCAGACUUUGAUGACGAAUUUGAUAAAAGCAACGAAAACAACGGCUCCGACGUCGAUCAUGACUCCGAUGAACCACCGACAAGCAACACGAGAAAGAGUUCAGACAGCAGUGACACGGAGAAAGAUAGACGAUCGCUCCCACAAUUACCCAGAGGCAUACAAACUAAAUUGAUCACUCCAAAAAAAGAGCCUAACGCACCUUCUAAACAGAUUCCAAAGAACCCACCUGAAGAAGCCGUCAAACCUAAACAACCAACAAAAGUUGCAGUCAAACAAACACCAAAAAGACCUGCUGCUAAGGAAUAUAUCGGACCUGCUUAUCGGAGACAAUCUCAAACAGAAAGACAAGCUCAAGUUGAAAAGCAAACGAUUACUUCAGACAGACAAGCCAAAACUAUUUCAGAACGACAAGCAAGAAACACUUCAGACAGACAGUCCAAAGUCUCUCCAGAGAGAGAUGAUGCACAAGACAGCGAUGGAAGUGAAACUACAGAACAAGGGAGCGUUAUUGUUAAACAAGAAAUACAAGACGCUUCCAAUAAUGAAUCCAAAGCAUCCGAACAGGAAUUACCUAUUUUCUCCUCGAGCAUUAAAUCUGAACGAUCAUCGCCUCCACUAUCUGAAAGAUCUACGCCAGUAUUAGCUAGAGUAAAAUCUGAACCUGAGGGUUCAGCAAACUCUGAUCAACAGAAUUAUGUUGAUAAUUCUGCUGCCUUGCUACCAGUUAAGAAAUCUGAAGACGCAUCUGUUACUGUCAUAGAAAUCAAUGGAGAUUCGAAUGACGAAGACGAUGAUUGUUGUGUCGUGUCUACAACACCAGCACCAGAUGUCAAACCAGUGGUGCCCAAAGUGGAAAACACAGCCCCAACACCGUAUUCCACUACGUCCACAUAUUCAACAUCACAAUCUAGUUACAAUUCUUCCAAUAUGUCUUCACGUUUGUCAACAGCACCUUCAACAGAAAAGCAACACAAUUUCAAUUGGAACGCACCAGAUAGCAAACCUCCUUUGGACAUGUUGGAGAAAAGUGCUGACGACAUUUUCGAAAGCUUGUUAUCAACUAAGAAAGAAAAUAUGUCAAUAUCAGAUGCAAGCGAAUACAUUUCGUUAGAUACAUUAGGUCCUCAACAUACUUGUGACAUAUGCAAUACUAGAUUUACUGAUAUAACAUUGUUAGAAGAGCAUAAAAGAGCGACGGGACAUUCAAAAAGCCUCGUGGCUCCGAGCCCAUCAACACUUAUGCCAUACAAUCAUUCAUCUAAUAUUUUGUCCAGUUUGCUGCCAGUCAAACAGUUAGCCGAACAGGUCGGGAAACUAUCAAAUAUGAGCAGCGGAGGUCCAGGUUUCACCCACCAACAAAACGUUAUGAUCAACAUACAAGCAUAUCCAGGUGCUGGUGGCGUUAUGGUACCUCCACAGCCGUAUAACACAUACAACAGCCCUACAUCUGGUGCUAGCCCAGGACAAAACAUGCACGGCUCUUAUUCACAUCCAUCCGGUAACCUGUACGGUUCCCCAAAUCAACCGAUGUCAAUGCCAGGACAGUAUCAAGGAUCGAAUUACAUGGGACAAGGUUACGGCCAGUACCAAAGCCCAAUGUCUAAAUCUGGAUAUCCAUCAACGAUGCCGCCGACUUCAUAUUCAAUGGCUUCAUCGCCGUAUUCCACAGCCUCUCCGCUGCAGAGUAUGCAGCAAUCUGUAUAUGGACAAUCUUCUAUGAUGAGUCAGCAGGCUGGGGCGAUGGGUCCGCCGGGGACAUCACCCAGUCAUUCGUAUGGAGCUGCGUGUAGUCCCGGGGGAAUGAAACCUCCAGGUAGCGGGAUAAAAAUACAAAACAUUCAGACUUUUCCCCCCGGACAAAUGAUCGGUGCUUCGAGCCAGCCGAUACCCGGACAACCGAUUACAUCUGGAUCUGAAUUACCUUCGGGUCAGAUGUCAGCAGGCCAAGCUAUUGGCGGACAAAUACCAGGUCCCACACCAAUUAGACUGGCCGCGGGUGCAAAUAUUGCUGCAAGUCGUCCGCGGAUGCCAACUGUAAGAGGGCAGAGGCCAACAAUAAGGCCUGGUAUUCAAGUUCACGGUCAAGUUCGUGGUGGUAAAGUGGGGCCACGGAUGCCCAUGAAGCGACCCGGUGCCGCUAUGGGUGGACCAGGUCAAAAGCGGCGAUCAGAUAUGCUCCUACCCGGCAAACAUGAUAAUGAGGAUUGUCACGUUAUGUCAAUGCAGAAGCAACGUGACGGCUUGCCUUUGAUCCAUAGCGUCCAAGGUGCAAAGGACAAAUUAAACCUGGGCAGUCAAAUUUCUAUAACAAAGAAGACGGUCAACAAGGAAGCGAACGCGAUGGCCAAUGUUCUAGCAUCUAGAGGUAUAAGUGUUAAACAGAAGCAGAAGAGUAGAUCUCCGACACCGGAACGACCCUUACCGCACAUACCUAAUCUCGGGGCAGGAGUCAGCAUUAAACACACGUCCAGAUCUAGUAAAUUUUCCAUACCAGAGGCUAAGGUCGGCGGCGGCAUGCUAGCGUGCAAGAUAUGCAAGAAAAUGUUCAUGAACCACAAUUCCCUACAAGUGCACAUGUCUAACGCUCAUCACGCGCAGAGUAAAAUACCAGUUUUCAAAUGCGACGAAUGCCCCGCGUCGUAUCCCAAGUCGUUGCAGUUGCAGCAUCACAAAAGGGUAUUCCACAACGUCGUGGGGCCAAAUAGAGAGUUAGGUUUACCAGUAGUGGACCUCUCGCAGGAGGAUAAUUUGAAACGUCUUAGUAAUUUAGGGAUAUAUAGUUUUAUACCGUUGGCUAACAGAGAACAAGCGAACGGUUGUUUUGGUAUACCUGUGAUAUCGGUUCACAGUAUGCAGAACGGUCUCGCUACCAGCUUGCAGGCGCUAGGUGCGGAUGGACUCUUAAGUCUCGGCCCCUUAAAGCCAUUACCUAAUUCAUAACUUCCUGCAUACUAGUUGAACGCAUCAAAAAAUGUUGUAUGUAUAGACUAAUUGAUUACGUAGUAAAAAAAAAAAUUCGUGGCAAUUUUUUUUUACGAUUAUUACAAGGAAUAUUAUUAGCUGACAUGAAUUGAGUACAGUUAUAUGCGCUAUAAGACAUUUCGUGAUGCUCAAAACUGUAAAUAUAUUUUGUAAGGUCACAAAAUUCUUUUAAUUACAAAAACUGUAAUUCUAUUUACUUUGAAAAUAAAUAACAAAUACAAGUAAUAUAUUAUUAUGGUGACUUUUUUUCUUACUCAUCGAUUUGUAAACAGGGUUUGAUUAAUUUACAAUUUAAUUUGUGACGUCAUCGGUCGUUGGUUAACUAUACAAAAAAUAAUGACAUUUUACAUAAAACAUAAAUAUCACAAUGUAAUUGUUGAUGCGAUGUGACUAUUAACAGUAAAACACUAAUAGUAAGUACUUAAGUUAAUUUUGGAUAAAAAAAAAUCACUUAACUAAAUUGUUUUUGUAUUGGUAUGGAUGAAUGCUCUUAAACCAAGGGCUUUGUCAGCGUCACCGGAAGUGGAAAUAACAUGUUUGUUACUUAAACCCUGUUUGUAAAUAUGACAAUAAUUAAGAUAUUUAUUAUAUUCAGUUGUAUUGCGUGAUGUGUUCUUGAUGUUAUAUGUGUACUUAUGAAAGAAUUUUUGUUAUAUAUUUUUCAGUUUAUAUCUAUAAGAGCAGAAUAGUUUUAUUAUAUUUUUGUAAUUGAUAGUAUGUCAAUAAAAUGUUAUGCCUAAAUAAUAUAGCUAUUAGCAAACGGAGUACUACUUUUUAUGUUAAUUAAAGAAAUUUUGAUUUUACAGAACAUUUUUUGAACAGAUAAUAAAUAUUUUUGUAUUUUGAAGUAUUAUACAUAUAUACUACGUAUAAUAUAUUAUAAAGACGAUUCUUUGUUGUUUAGAUUUCAAAACGUAAAUUCUAGAAUAAUUUGCUAAUUGGUCAAAGAUGGCGGCUAUUGUUAUCAUCCGUGUCAUUGAAAUAACAGAAUGUUUCCAUGUUUUUUUUUAUGGAUAAAUUAGUAAUGUAUUUUGUAUUAGCUUUUGUAAAUUGUAAAUAGCGUUUUCGUAUUCCGAUUGCUCUAUAUGAACUGGAUAUGUUUAUGUGAAACAAAAAAACGUCCCAACGCCUACAUAGAAAGAAGGUCAACAAAUAAAAGUGAAGAAAUCUCGAAUUGUUCAAUAAGUAGAUUAUUAACUAUUGUAAGUUGUAAAGCGUCUGUUCAAUAAGAGUUUCAAAUUUAUAAGACAUGCUUGUAUUGGGGUUUAGUUAAUAUUUUCCAUUCUGUAAUAUUCGUUGAAAGAUCUGUUUUUCUAUACGAGGUUAAUAUGUAUUUUUCAAUACAUAGCCAAUAUUCUGUUCUUAUAAGUCACCGCUUUGUAUAAAGUCGCACUAGUUGUAUGUUAGACGUUAAAGAAAUAAAAAGAUAUUUUUGUGUUAUUCGAAAAUUAGAGUUUUGUUUAUGAUUUGUUUAAAAGAGCAUUUAUAAAGAAUACAAGAUCGAAUAAAGAUAUCAAGAUUUAUUUAUCAAAAGUA